AUGACGACGAUUGUGGUUGCCCUGAUCGGACAUUUGGUGAAGAGUAUGACAGCGGUGAAAUCAAGCAAUGGGCUCACUCGCAUAGCUGUACAAUUGAUCAUUGCUUUAUUCGGGGCCACGUCAUUUGGAAUUUCGAAGAGGCAGAUCGACAAAAUAGAUUUUGUGCUCGAAGGCCUAUCUCCAUAUCACUCUCCACGCUACAACAUCACUUUCAAAGAGCUCACCGAAGACCGUAAGCUGAUUCUUGUGCUAUUCCUAUUCUGGCAGAUCGCCAAGCUUUCACUUGGGAUUUCGCAACUCGCUUGCUACUGUAAUAAAAAUGACGUGGUUGUGGGUACGAAACCAGUAUACACAACAUCGCCCGGAUUCCCGGCAACCUACUGCUCCAAGUUCCGAUGCAAAAGACGAUUCUUCCACAACGACACAUUACGCCAUGGCCAUGAUUCUCAUCUGGCAUUUGCUGUUACUGUGCAUUUUCUCAGUACCCAAAAAUCCGAUUAUAUUCAGUUUUAUUCGGAUGAAAUCGCUAUGGAAAAAUUAAAUGGUACCCAAGAAGAUGUGCGGUUGGUAUUCAUUGGAGACCUCAUGGAGACCGAAUUCGUUACAGAUGAUAAGAUUGUUCAGCAUGGAUAUAACAUGACUGUGAAAUCGAUUCAGAUCCCUACUGAAUGUCUUUGCCCUCAUAAGGGAGUGAAAACUAUGCCAACCAAGGGCGAUGUCAGAAUGCUAAUACCGGAAUACUGUGUAGCGGUCUACUGCGAAUGGAUUAUCCCAUCUAUAACAUAUGAUAUGAAAUUCGCUGCAGUAUUCAAUUUCACGUCGAAGGUUGAUAUGCUAACAAUAACUGGUGGAAACCAAACAAGACAGUUCUCGACUAUAUCGGAAGAAUAUGCUAAGGAGCUAUGGGAAAUUCCGAAAAAUUCCCCACCAGUCACCAUUUUGUACAAGCGUAAUGUGCAAGCAACUUCGCCUUUACCAUCUGCAAUGACAUCAUUUUUCGUCAGUUGGAUGCCCAGAGAAGGGUGUUCCUGUGACAACGGUUCUAUAAAGAAUGCAGUUGUUGGCGAGUGGGAUGUGCUGACGUCGCCCGCGUAUCCUCUGUCGUACUGUAACGACAUGCUGUGCAUCACAAGAAUUGUUGCUCCAGAAGGGCAUCAUGUGGUAUUGAACAUUACCGACUUCUAUACGGAACCCUAUAAGGAUGAACUGAAGCUAUACGAUGGUUGGAAUACCACUCUACGGCCCAUGGAAAAGUGA